CUGAAAACUUUCAGGGGCAAACAUAACGAUCUCUUAUGUUAAAUGAUGAUAAGUCACCUGACCCAGGCAACAUGGCAUCCGAGAAGAAGUGUUUUGAAAGCAUUCGCAGAAAAGCACAUGAAAAGGUCUAUAGUUUUGUUUUCUGAAAUGCAAAAGAUUCAUCGUAGCUUCCUCACAGUCUGUCAGUGAUGCUUCUCAAGUUCCAAAUUACAUGUUCAUUUCAAAUCAGCAAACCUUCAUCUACAUGAGAAAAGCCCAUAAGAGGAAGUUAAGUCAGACAGAUAAAGGAAGACAGUUGUGACGGUAUGAGAGGAAGAGAACUGAAAAAGGAUCUGUUUUUCUCUGUGGUUUGCACCCAUAAUAUCGAGUGCCAGUACACUCAGAAGGUUAGAUCAGACACCUCUCUGCACAGCACAGCCUCUCCAUCACCCCUCAGCAUGCAGGACGAAGAUCAGACUUAUGUCUAUUAUGAUGACCUCCUAUUUGAAAACUCGUCUUACUCCUGGUCAAAUCACUCAUUGGAGUGUUCUGACUCAGGCAUGUACGGCUCCCACAUUUUCCUGCCCGUGUUGUAUUACCUGAUAUUCUUCACUGGAUUCUGCGGUAACAUCUUGGUGAUCGUGGUGGUGGGAAGCAAAGGCAAAAGAGGGGGUCGCCUGGUGGACACCUUCGUUGUGAACCUGGCCCUGGCCGACCUGAUCUUCGUCUUGACGCUGCCUCUUUGGGCCAUCGCCGCCAGCCAGAACAACUGCUGGUACUUUGGGAUUCUCAGUAACCUUCUGUGCAAGCUGAGCAGCUACAUCAUCUCUGUAAACCGCUUCUCCAACAUCUUCUUUCUCACCUGCAUGAGCAUUGAUCGCUACCUGGCUAUAGUGAGGAUGAUGGAUUCAAGGUACCUUCGGAGUAGUCAGUGCAUUCGCAUUACCUGCGCUGCCCUUUGGAUUGUCUCCCUCUUCCUUGGCAUUCCCUCCCUGGUCUACCGGAACCUGGCGCCGUCUAUAAACGGUCAGAUCUGUCACGAAGACGACACUACAGUGUUCUUCCUGGGCAUGAAUCUGACCAUGGCGUUCCUCACGUUCGUCUUCCCGGUGCUGAUCAUCAUGCUCUGCUACGGGACCAUCAUCAUGCACCUCAACAGGCACUGCGUCGCCGCUGGCAACGCCCGAGCCGAGGUGCGCCGCCGACACUCCAUGAAGAUGGUCCUCUGCAUCAUCGUGGCGUUCGUCGUGUCCUGGCUGCCCUACAACACUUUCAAGUGCAUCAAAAUAAUUUCCCGUCUCUCCAACACGAGUCUCAGCUGUGAAACCACAGAAUGGGUGGACCUCGGGUACAUCAUCUCCUGCUGCCUGGCUUUCUUCAACAGCUGCCUGAACCCUUUCAUCUACUUCUUCCUGGACCACCACUUCAGGCGACGGGCUCAGUUCCUGUUCAAAAACUGCAUCGGGAAGACGAGGGUGCUGCAGAGCUUCAACUCCUCAGCUUCCUUCUCCAACCUCGGCACCUCUGAGAGCUUUGCGACGAGUGGUGGGCGAACCCAGCUUAAGAUGUCCCUGUAGGAGGAGAACGGAUCGUUGCCUUCUGUUAGUCUGGAGGUGGUAAAGUCAUUGUUUUACACUUCCCUUAGAUCUAUCUGACAAGCAUGUUUUAUGUCCUUCUCAACGACAUUUGUGCUGCUUUUGUAAUAUAGAGCCCAGAUGGAUUACAGUAGGAUAGUAAAUAAGCCGUCUUUUUGUUAUUUCUUCUUCUGAAGGAUUUCAUUGUACAGUUUUUUUUUUCUCAUUCGGAUGCUUUUCUUUUUACUUCCUCAUCUAAAAAAAAAUGCUGUUUAUACUGCUAAUGCUGGACUGUAAUGCAGAAUGUGGCUGUCUUUUGUUUCUGUUUAGUUUUUUAGUUUUUUGUUUUUUUUUUCAUUUUAGCAUUAAUCUAACAGUAAUUACUUGUCAUAAAUUAAAAUUUGUUCGGACUUAUAAGCAUUUCUUAUUCUUACGGUGAAUUUUAAGUUUGUUGUCAUUUUGGAUUUUUUUU